AUGUCCCGUCGCUCUAGAACUAUUCCAAUCGUUGUCCCAGCACUUCCGGGCUUCAACAUCCGGCCCAAGAAUACCCAUCAACCAAAACCGCAAGAACUAUCCGUUGACUUUGGGAGUCUAUAUUUCUCAUCAAAACCUUAUCAUAGCAUGGCUAUUACUAACUCGAAAAAUCCGUUACUGCUGCCCAAUCUAUCUAUUACUACUCAUCCAACUACCCAUAUCUCUUCAUAUCUACAACUCCCUGCGCUAUCGAUGUACUCCGGUUACAGCGCGAACCAGUCUUUGACCAACAUCCCUUUUAUAGCUGAUGGCGGAUCCAAUCACAGUGCGCGAUUCCCAGACCUCUCGAGCCCUCCUGUCACAAAUCAGCAGCAGCAACAGUAUGGUGGCUAG